AUGACCAUUGGCUCGAAUGAUUAUGUGUUCUGGUACAGACAGUUCACCAAUCACGUUCCCGACUACCUCGUCUCCAGAUUCAAGGACGAAAGAAUUGAAGCAAUGUUUAAAGUAUCUGCGGACAGUGAGAAAGGUACCACAACUUUCACUGUUAACACAUCCCAGCUUUCAGAUGCUGCGGUGUAUUACAGUGCUGUGAAACACAACGAAACAAAGAGUAUGAGGAUUGAGGAGACGACAAGAAAUCGGACUGCAGAAUCGAAAGCAAGAGCUGAGGUGAGGACUUUCGCAAACUCCGUUAGUUUGUUACAAGUGAUGCAUGGCCCGGCAAAAGGCCCGUUCGAUGCCACUUAUUAUCCAGCUCUUGUUGUUAUUGAUGUCCCUGCCAACUUGCUGACGAUCAUUGUACUAUUAAGAGGACAGUGGGGACACUGUCGGUGUACAACCUGUUAUUUGGUGGAGAUAGCAGUGAGCGAUUUUCUUGUCAUCAUCACUGGGUGCAUCUUCAAACGGACUGGCGGUGUUUACUUCCGGCACGGUGCCCUGUCCACGACCGACGCCUGUGCACUCAGCACUGUGAUAAUCUAUGCCAGCCGAGAUGGUUCAGUCUGGCUGACAGUGGCCUUCACCAUCGACCGUUUUGUCGCCAUUUGCUGCCAGAGUCUGAAAACCAGCUACUGCUCCCAGGAAACGGCCUCAUUGUUCAUCGGAGAUAACAAGGUGUAGAACCUGAGCAGCGUCAAGAACCUCCGUUCCUACUUCGUCUACCAGCCCUUGUACAUUGUGGACGGGGUGUCCUGGUUCUGUCACUUCAGAGACACAUACUAUAACUCACUUGCAUGGAAAUCCUAUGACUGGCUGAAUCACAUCUUGACACCUAUUCUCCCAUUCCUCCAUAUUCUGCUGCUCAAUGCCUUGACUGUCAGAUACAUCUUAGUGGCCAGCAAUGCCCGAAGGAGACUCCGGGGCACAGCGAGCCACGGAGACCCAGAGAUGUCCAAUCGCAAGAGGUCCAUUGUCCUGCUCUUCACUAUCUCGCUGAGCUUCCUCCUUCAGUGGGUCACCUAUGUCGGGCGAUUCCUCUAUGUGCCGGUUAAUGCUGAGGCAUACUUCAGUGGCUUGGAUUUCACUGACCCACAGUUCAUUCUCCAAGAGACGACCAACAUGCUGCAGAUACUCAAUUCCGGCAACAGCGUCUUCAUUUAUGCAAUAUCCCAGAACAAGUUCCGAAACGAGCUGAAGAAGAUUCUGUUAUCUCCCUUCACAACUCUCACUGGGUGCAAAGGAUUUUGUCAUGUUGUUUUGCUUCCGUCGGGGUGCUCAAUAUGUAACGCUCUCUCUCAUUGUCUCAAAAUUGAAUAA